AUGGCAAUCACCCUAUCCGAUGACUCGUCUUGCAACGACAUCUACACUGGCUUCUGGGUGAACCAAGCCUAUGGCCCGCUCCGAGGUGCCUGUCUUACACUUAGCCACGAGGUUGGAGGUCUUUUAAUUGCUUUCCUCGCGCUCUUUGUCACCGCUGCUUCAAGCACUAUUUCAAUGUUAUGGGCAAGCAAAGUCUGGUGGAACAGAGCCACAAAUGCACGAAAAAGAACAAUCCCAGUUGCCGCUCUGGGACUGGCGGUAUCUGCGAAAUUCGCAGCAGCAGACUGCGGUCAAUUGCAGUGGGACAACUCUACUGACGAUGUCAACUUUUUAAGCACGGUCGCGCCUCACAUAAGUCGGAUUGUACUUGAAUCUUCAACAUAUGCGGCUCAAUAUUACAAUCAAAAGAAAGGGGCGUGUUACAUGUUCAUAUCACAGAGCUUACCUCAUCAGGCGAAUCCACAUGCAUCCUGCCCUUUUCAAGAGAAGAUCUAUACUAGUGGUAUUGACUCUGUUGAGCAUCUUGGUCUCAAUGAUGGUCCCCGGUUCACUGUCCACCAUCGAAUGCACUGUGCGCCACUGGAGACCAAGGGCUGUACAGAGACGGUAACUUUACAGGGCACGUCGUCGCGAAGCCUUGUGGGAUAUUUCUAUGGCCCCAGAGAUGGCCGAAACACUACCUUCAUAAUGGAAGUUCCGACUCACGAGAAGUUCAUGAAGAGCGAUGAGUAUAUCAUGAUCACUUGGGAAUUUCACCUUAAAUCGUCAAAGAUAAUCAGCGAGCUGUAUCAUCCUCACGCUGAUGUGAGUCUUCACCUACUUGACGGGUUUGGAAUACAGCAUCUACAACGAACGGAAGAUCCAUGGUUUUCGGCCACGAUGCGCCCUUCGGACAGAAUCGCAGGAGGAUCUGAUGAAGAUCUGGAUGGCAUUCCGAUAUUUCUGUCUGAUAUCCCUGGUGCUGUGGUGGGUUGUGCUUCACAGGCCUACUUCUGCAACCCCGACUUGCCCACUGACGUUGGCUGCGUCGACCAGCACACACAGCGUCUUGGAGCAGACCAAGAGACUGAGUCAGACGUAUUGCCCUCAAUAUGGCCAGAUGAAAAGGACCAGACCAUGAUCAGACCUAUUUUGAGCUUUCUCAGUACCGGUUUGCUUUUCAAACUGCCCACAAAGCCAUCAUUGCUUGCGAGACAGUCCCUCGUCGCCGAUGCACAAGUGGCUGCGUUGCCCGUCGAUCAGUGGCAGAUUGAACAAGAGAACUAUUUCAAGGCAAGCCUAGCCCUCAUGCAGUUUACGACGUUGGAUUUUGCCAAGGGUUCAUGGAUGGGCGGGGGCAGAUUCUGUGGGUCUGAAGACCACUGCCAAAGAGGCUGUCAUAGUCAGGCAUAUGCACCACUACCCAAUAUGACGGCGGAACGUUAAGCUAACUAUCCACAGAAAGUGAUGUCCUCAAGAUACUAUAGCUUCAGCGCCUGGUCGCUUGGCGCUGUGCUCAUCGGAGGCGGCUUGACAAUGCUGAUCGGUACC